AGUCAAAUUAUGUGUCUUUGUGUGAUCAAUAUUGUUAAUGCUUGGAAACGUGUCUUGAUGACACUGUUACUCAUACAUAAAAAAACCAAUGUGACGUCUUUUGAAUUAACAAAAGUCUUGAAUAGGUUAUGAAGGUAAUCGACAAUGUUUGGUAUCUUAACUUGUUGUCUAUGAUGUGUCAAUUACACCAACGAGAUAAAUGCUUGAACAAAUCAAUAUAACAUUUCGCGAAAAUAAAAUAAACCUAUAUUCAUAAUUUCACAUACGAGAAACAAUGCCAUCAAAACAGGGUUUCAAGCAUGUACAAUAAUGAUCAUUCAAAGACAAAAAAUUUGACUUGGAAACUUUCAAAAUACUUCUUAUUGAUGCUUUUAUUGUUUUUGUUUAGUUCGAACUAAGUAAGGGAUUGGAGAAAACUGAUUCAAUAUUUAAAGUAUCUAGAAUAAAUAUUUGACAAAACAUUCUAUUUUCUGAAAGUCGUGCUUUUCAAACAAACCUGUUUCAUCAUGGUUUCUACAGUAACGAAUGCCAAUCCAAGUUGAAAGAUACAAGCUUGUACAGAAUUCAAAGGUGAAUCAUUCUCAAAGAAGUAUUUGUUCCUUCACGUAUUAAUACUAUCAAAACAUGAAAAAUAAUGAGAGGUUCAUUCUUUAUGUACCAUCAAUUAGAAUAUAUCCGAAGGUUCUGAAAAUUAUUCUUACAGCUGACAACCAAUCUUAUUGUCCUUGUAUGUCUGCAAUGACUCGAUUUUUCAAGUUUCUGUUCCAGUCAAAAUUAUUUUGUGCAUCUCAUCUUUUAUCCUUGUGUUCUAUGCAUUUGUAUAUCCUAUACCUGCUUUGUCUUCUUCAUAAAGAUAUAGAUUGGCUACAUAUGCUGAUGUUUCACUAUUCUCGCUUUGUCUUUUACAAACGUUGUCCACUGUUUCAUUCUCGAAAUGUAUAGUUUUUCUUUUCUGCAGAGUUGAAAUGAAGGAACGAUCGAGUAACAAAAUUACCCUAUGUUUGGUCAUCACAUAUAUAAAUAUAUAAGAGUGAGGAUAAACACGAUGUAGCCGAAGCAUUAUUUGAUUCAGUUGAGAAUCGCUUAUAAGAAUGCAUAAACCAAUAGCACUUCCUAACUUGAUAUUAAUAGAAUUAUACCAGAAGAAAAAAAAUGAAAAGAAGAAGAAUAAAAGUUCAUCAUAUUUGUUUUCAUUUGGGGCAUUCGAAAGAAAUAGACAUAAUACAAUUAUUGAUUAUAUUUCACUAUACUCAGCAGCGAGAUUCAAAUGUAGUCGGAAAGGUGAAAAGUGAAAUUAAUUCAAUUGCUCCUCUUUUGAUGAAGCUAUUGUCGUUUUCUUGCAAAAAACAGAAGGUGUGCGAAUAAUUUUGAUUAGAGUAGAAACUCUUCAGUUUUAAUAUAUUUGACCUAAGAAUAUCAAAUAUUUAGUAAAUCAAUAUGAAACUUUUUGCAAAUAUACUAGAAAACUUCCGCUAUAUUUUUGUGAAAGCAGAAACUCGAAAGGUGAAAUUAUUGCAGAGAUAUAAUGAUAACAAAAAUAUUUGUCGGCUGUACGAAUAAUUUUGAGCGCCUAUGUAUGUAUUCUAUAUUUGUUAUUCUAGCAUUUAAAAAUGGUGGAGGUGCUUUUAUUAUACCAUAUUUUUGUACUUAUUUUCUCAUUGGUACUCCACUUGCUUUUCUGGAAAUGUCAAUUGGUCAGUUCACUAGUAGGGGUGCAGCAGCUGCUUUUAAAAUGUCACGAAUGUUUAAAGGACUUGGUUGGUCGACUGCAAUAAAUUCAUUUUUAUGUUCUAUUUAUUAUAAUGUUAUAAUUGCUUGGAUUCUUUUCUAUUUUUUUGCUUCAUUUCGAAGUAAGCUUCAAUGGAGUGAUUGUGGAAAUUGGUGGAACACUGAACAUUGUGCUAAUCCAGAGACAUUGAAUUUUUCAAAUUCGACUAUUUUUUGCAAUAGUAUUCAUUAUCACAUAAAUUGUACAAUGCCAACUCUUCCACCAGAGGAAUAUUUUGAUAAUUAUGUUUUGAGACGAAGUGAUUCACUUGAUAAUUUUGGUUUACCUAAUUGGUCGUUGUCAUUAUGUUUAUCAUUAGCAUGGAUUCUUGUUGGUCUUUGCAUUAUUCAAGGUAUUAAAUCAUCUGGCAAAGUCGUUUAUUUUACUGCAUUGUUUCCUUAUGUUGUUAUUUUUGCUCUAAUCAUUCGUGGUGUAACUUUACCGGGUGCUCGAGUUGGUAUUACAUUCUAUUUGAAACCUAAUUGGAACAAAAUUCGUCAAUUUGAUGUUUGGAUGGCUGCUGCUUCUCAAGUUACAUAUUCUCUUGGAAUUGCAUUUGGUUCUAUUAUCAGUUAUGCUAGUUUCAAUAAAUUUAAAACAAAUUAUUUUAGGAUGUGUAUGCUUGUAACUGCAUGCGAUUGCUUUACUUCAAUAUUUGCUGGCUGUGCUAUUUUUUCCGUACUUGGUUAUAUGUCAUUUAAAACUGGUUUACCUAUUGAACAAGUAGCUAAAGCUGGACCGGGUCUUGCAUUUAUUGCUUAUCCACAAGCAUUAUCAAUUAUGUCUGGUGGACCAUUUUGGGCAGUGAUUUUCUUUUUUAUGCUUCUUACUUUGGGACUUGAUUCUCAGUUUGGUAUGGUUGAUGUUGUUAUUGCCAGUCUACUUGAUACAUUUAAACAAUUACGUCAACAUAAAUUAUUUGUAUCUAUUAGUUAUUGCAUUUUUUGUUAUUUACUAGCAUUACCAAUGUGUGCACCGGGUGGUAUUUAUUUGUUUACAUUAAUGAAUGAAUAUGCAGCUAGUUUAUCUUUAAUUAUAUGCGGAUUUCUUGAAUUUAUGGUUAUUGCCUAUAUUUAUGGUUUUAAUAAUUUUAUGGAAGAUAUUCGAAUGAUGUUGGAUAAAAGACCUUUAGAACCGUUUUUCUUUUUUACUUGGUGUAUUUCUGGUCCGAUUAUUACUCUAAUCAUUUUUUUUUCAUCAAUUAUUCGAUUUCAAACACCAACUGAAGGUAAUUAUGAAUAUCCAGUAUAUGCUAAUGUGCUUGGUUGGCUUAUGGUUUGUUCAUCACUCAUUUCCAUUCCUUGUGUUAUGGUCUAUGAAUUUAUUAAAGCAUGGAAAGCAACUAACAGUCUUCAAUAUGAAGUAAAAAUCUUUUUUUUUUCGACAAUUAUGAAUAUAUGCUUGUUACAACCAGAUACAGAAUGGGGACCAGCAAAAAAUGAAAAACGUUAUGGUCGUUAUAAACCGAAGAUCGAACAAUCAACAUCCAUAAAUCAAACGAAUGUGAAUGAUGAUGAUAAUAAUUCAGCUUUUAAAUUUGAAAAUAUGCCUCAUAUACAAUUAUAA